AUGUAUCUUUCCUCCAGGCGGAGAUCGGGUCAUGGACCAUCAGUCACCACAGACGUCAAGAAGGUCGUAUCCGUAUCCGAACACUCUCAGACCUCUUCCACCCGCUCCAAGCCAUCAUCAUCCUCGCGACCAAACAUGACGAGGCGAAUAACACCCCAAUCAUCCCACAAGUCGGGAACCAGGAGUUCAAGAGAUCGCGAGAGAGACUGGGAUCGAGAACAAGAACAUUGGUAUGAAGAGCAAAGGGAAAGCUUCCCUCAAUACUGCAUGAGCUGUGAAAAGCAGUUUGUCCCACAGGACGAUCGAUUUUUAUAUUGCUCAGAAACCUGUCGCGUUCACGACCAUAACUCAAGUGCAGUAACGCCAUCAUCACAGCAUUCUUCGUCGAGGUCAUACGCCAGCCCCGUAUCAUAUGCGUCGGCAAACUAUCCGUACUAUUCUGUUGAAUACUCGGAGUCGAGGGAUAUCAUUCCUCGAGCAUCACCAUCGAGGCCCAGCUCGAUGCACUACUCCCCACCAGCUACGUCGAGCAUGGCAUACCACGGCCCUGCGCUGUCGGCCUUGAGGUCUCUGUCCAUUCAGGACGGCAGCCCGCCAUCUCCCUCCACCACGGGCGUAUAUCACACUUACAACACGGCAGGCUCAGCCCGUGGUGCUCCAAGCCCUGCGACUUCAUACUCGAGCAGACCCAACCCCAAGAAGGGCUAUUCGUCGACAUACGACAACAGCACAUAUUAUGCCGACUACAGCGAUGUGCCAUCGCUUGAUCGUCCACUUCCCCGUCGGGCCACCACAUAUUCGCGCCCAAAAAGCAUUGAGCUCGUUACACCCAUGGUCAGCCGCUAG